GUCUCAUGUAAGCUGAUUCAGCACACACUCAUUCGAUUGGGGACCAGUCUCAACGUCUCAUGAAGUACCCUGCAGUGUAAUCCAACUGGUUAUUGAUCGCCUUCAACACCACUAUCCCUCACUCCCAGUCUCGAAAUGCCGGUUCUAGAGGUUAGAGGGAAGUCCCUCUUCUUCGCUCGCGCAGACCCUGCGUCAGCACCGAAGCAGAAGCAGCCCACCUUUGUAUUCAUUCACGGGCUGGGAUCUUCGCACUGCUUCUACACCCCGUUGAUGACGCAAUUGGCUAGCGAAGGAUAUCCUUGCCUUGCUUUCGAUAUUAUUGGAAGCGGACUUUCCGAAUUGCGUCCCGAGCAUGAGCACACAAGCAUCCAAUCAAUUGCCCAGGAUGUCGAGGGAAUCAUUAAACACAUUGGCAUCUCGCCAGAGGAGGUGAUUGUUGUUGGGCAUUCGAUGGGAGCCAUUGUGGUCUCCGAGCUCGCUGUAAAACUCAAGUUGAAAGCUGCUAUUCUCAUCGGCCCAGUGUUGCCAAAGCCAGCACUUGCUCAAAUUUUCACAUCCCGCAUUGAGACGGUGAACAAAACCGGAAUGGAAGCAAUGGCAGACACCAUUCCCCUCGCAGCUACGGGAUCCAAGUCAUCCUCGACACACAAGGCGUUCAUUCGCUCACUACUCCUGUCACAAAAUCCGGAUGGUUAUAUCUCCCUUUGCCGCGCGAUAGCGGAAGCCGGACGUCCCAACUACUCUGCUGCCCAGUGUCCCCUUCUCAUUAUCGCUGGCGAGGAGGACAAAACGAGUCCCCUCGCAGACGCGCAGGUCAUCUUUGAUGAAUGGGGAUCCAAGGGUGAGGACAAGUUCCUCACAGUACUAGGAGGAGUUGCAUGCGAGAGCUGCAAGAACCGCAAGCAGCGCUGCGACGGUCUGCGGCCAUGCGGUCGAUGCGUUAAACGCGGCCUCGGCCGAGACUGCGAGUCCUCCACCACCCGGUUCCCGCUGCUGGCCUCCUCGCUGCCGAGCCCGGACCCCGACCACUUCAGAUCCGCGACUCCGGGCCAAUCAACGCCGGGCACCGGGCCGUCGCCCUCGCAUCACGUCGCCGAUGGCGCGUUUAUGUCGCCCGCUGCGCCGUCGAGUGAUCGAGCGUCGGCGUCGUCGCAGUUGCUGUCGAGCGGUUUCCCAGCAAGGGUGCCUCAGAUGUCGCGGCUAGUCAAGGAUACCAAGGGGCAGUACAUGUUCAUCGGGGACUCUGCCACCCUUUCAUUUUUGCAGAACAUUCGCCGGAUCGUCAGGAAAAGCUUAGGCAACUGCCCGUUUGUUGAUGACCCGUUGCGACACCUAAUUGUCGAGUCGUCACCAGACACCCGCCGAGGAUGGAUCAUGUCAAGCGCCCAAAACCCACCUCCAAGGCAAAAUCCUGACGAGGUAGAGUACCUCCAGCGAUGGUACAUGCAAUCUGCAAACUGCGUAUUACUCCUGUUUGAUCAGGAAGAGCUCCACCAGGCCAUCAAUAGCUGGCAAGAGAAAGACAACGACAAGGCUGACCCAGCCAGUCCCGUCUACUACCUAGUGUUUGCCAUCGGUGCCCAAACUGGUCCGGAGGACAAAGACAGUCUUGCCGAGACAUUCUUCAACUAUGGUCGCUAUCUGACUGUUGAAACACUCAUGGAGGAUCCAGAUAUUCCCACCAUCCAAGCGUUUGCGCUGAUCACCAUGUACCUUCUCGGUGCAUCUCGGCGAAAUUCCGCCUUUAUGUAUCUUGGAAUGGGUGUUCGAGCCGCCUAUGCCCUCGGUCUACACCGCAAGGACAUUUCUGCUCUAUUUCCACCUGCCGAAUGUCGAGCAAGGGAGCGACUAUGGAAAGCCAUCCGGAUUCUUGAUCUCUUCAUGAGCGCCUCACUAGGACGCCCACCGUCAACAUCAGAAACCAGGGACACUGCUAGCAGGGAAGAUUACUCGGCCUGCAAUGACCUGUCCAUGAUUUUCGAGUCGGUCCUGUCAGAUAUUUACGCCAAGAGGAUGAUAUCCACUGAGGUAAUUGAGCGCAUUAGUCAACACCACCGGCGAUGGGCGGCUCAGUCUCGCAAUGGCUUCGAAGUUGAUGGCAUCCAGCCGGGCGAGUCGAUUGAGGCCUCUGACGGCACGAAGCAGCCCAACAUGGGUCUUCUCCACCUCAAGCAGACGGCCUAUUGGACUAUUAUCCUCUUAUCUCUGCCGUUUCUUCUCAAGGAUGUGUCUGCGCACGUCGACUCUAACCCCAACUCCUUGCCCAUCAACCAAGAGAAGCGAGCACCUUCUUCAUCCUCCAACCAAGUCCUUGUCUACGCAUGCCUCGAAGCUGCCAUACACACAGUCGACCUUCUGCAAACGCUUUUGUCGACUGAGUUGAUCCCGAAGAGAUUGCCGUUUCUAAUAAACUCGGUGUUUGCCUCGGGACUGGUCCUCGGUGUCGCCGCUUUCGGAGACUUCGAUACGUCUUUUCCACUAGAGCGAAGCUUACGCCUCGCGAAGAAUAUCCUCCACCGCUUUGCGGUUCACGAUCCAGUAGCAAAACGACAUUUGCUGAUCCUCGAGCAUAUGCAAGGGGCCUGCGACAAAUACACGGAGAUGAGAGCACGAUGGAAGAUGGAACGUCAAAGUAAUCUCGUCGGUGGGCUUUUCGGAAGUAUUCACAGCAUCGGGGUCCCAUCCAGAGACAUGAAUGAAGAUCCAGAUUCGAUGCAGGUCGAAGAUGAAACGUGUACGAGUCCACGAACAAUCCCACGUACCUCUGCGACGAGAGUACAGACACCAGCCAUGGACGCGGGCUCUGGUGUUGGGCAACAACCAGAAGACUUGGCAGCUGGAUUUUCCGAAUUGAUACCGGCAAUAUCACCAAGCUUGCUGUGGUUUGACACUUUUGGAGAAACUAUGCCUCUUUACCCGACUGUCGAUGCAGGCAUGGUGGAAAUGAAUCCAAAUGGCCUUGAAACGGAUCCAAGAGCCUCUUUAACGUAUAAUGAGUUUAUUUUAUGACGACAUAACACCUCCCUCUAGGGCGUCUGUACUACUACUGAACUUGAGCGAUAUCAUGUUGUUGCGAGCUAGGAUUCCGACAGAUUCCCCUUUACAUAGUCAGAUACAGCCCGGAACUAGUAGAUAGAAUAACACCAUACAUAUGAUGAAUAUGUAUACUAUCUUCAUUGAACAUACUGUGGGAGGUAUUGAAGGAAUUGCAGUAGAGACCUCAUUAGUAAAAGG